GCGGGGCGGAGGCGGUGGCGGAGGGGGCACAUGCGCCGUGCGCGCACUGCGGAGCGGCGCGGAGAGGCGCGCAGAGGCGCGCAGCGGACGCCGCUGCCCUGCACCGCCCCGCGGGGCCGCCGCCGAAAGACCACCCCCCAGAAAAAACCCGGCGGAGGUGAGCGGGGGUAGGAGAUGCGGGAACGUGAGAGGCGUGAGGCCUUGCCGGCAGCAUGCCGCUGGUGAAGAGGAAUAUCGAGCCCCGGCACCUCUGCCGGGGGGCUCUUCCUGAGGGAGUGACGAGUGAGCUGGAGUGUGUCACCAACAGCACGCUGGCUGCCAUCAUCAAGCAGCUGGGCAGCCUCAGCAGGCACGCAGAGGACAUCUUCGGAGAGCUGUUCAAUGAAGCCAACAGUUUCUACAUGCGGAUGAACUCGCUGCAGGAGAGGGUGGACUUGCUGGUAAUCAAGGUGACGCAGCUGGACUCCACUGUGGAGGAAGUUUCACUGCAGGACAUCAACAUGCGGAAAGCAUUCAAGAGCUCCACGGUGCAGAACCAGCAGGUUGUGUCUCGCAACUCCAUCCCCAACCCAGUGAUGGAGAUGUACCAGCGCUGCGACAAGCCCCCGCCGCUCAACAUCCUCACGCCAUACAGGGAUGACAAAAAGGAUGGCCUCAAGUUCUACACUGACCCCUCCUACUUCUUCAACUUAUGGAAGGAGAAAAUGUUGCAGGCAACAGAAGACAAGAGAAAGGAGAAGCGCAGGCAAAAGGAGCAGCGGCUGGUGGAGGACUCCACGCGGGAGGUGAAGAAAGUGAGGAAAGCCCGCAACCGGCGCCUGGAGUGGAAUAUGAUGGCGUAUGAUAAAGAGUUCCGACCCGAUAACAGGUUCUCACCAUCCCCCUAUCACAUGGCAUCAUCGGAAGGAUCACUGUCCCCAGAUAAUAGAUCUUACGCAUCGGACGCAGCCGACCACUCGUACCCUGCGAGCCCCAACCACCCAGCGCAGCUCCUGGCCCCGACAUCCCACCUGGCCCCAGCAGAGCACAAGGAGGGGGUGCUGGCCGCCGUCGCCCCCCAGGAGCACGUCUACCGCCCGGCGCCAGCAGCGGGCAGCCGGCAGAACAGCCUCAACCGCCUCCAGCAGCCCCACGUGCCGCAGCCCCCCGAGGCGAUCCUCAACGGGCCGAGACCUCACUUAGUCAAGGAUUACGGCCCGCAGCCGGUGCCGAUGGCCGAGUACUUCGUGCCGCCUGCCCCGCCACCCCCACCGCCCGUCAUCCCCUCUGCACAGACGGCCUUCGACAGCCCCAUCUCGGCUCCCCCUGCGCUGGCCCCCAGCUCGGCCGCCCCCCCAUCCUACGCGCCCUCACCGCCCCCUGCACCUCCUGGCCCCUACUCUGCUUCCCCACCACAGGCUGGCCCCAUGGGACCUCCGGUGGCACCCCCACCCCCUCCGCCGGGACCCCCCGCCAUCGCCGCCUCGCCGGCGCACUCGGCAUCGCCACCGGCCCCCACCGUGGAGCCCCGCAAACCGCAAAUCCCGCUGAUGCCCAUGAGCGACGCCCGCAGCGACCUGCUGGCAGCCAUCCGCAGGGGAAUCCAACUCCGGAAAGUCCAGGAGCAAUGGGAGCAGGAAGCCAAAAAAGAGCCCGUGGGCAAUGACGUGGCAACGAUCCUGUCUCGCCGGAUCGCGGUGGAGUACAGCGAGUCCGACGAUGACUCCGAGCUGGACGAUAACGAGUGGUCAGACUGAGGGGCCCCGGGGCUGGGCUGGCGCGGAGCUCCCCAGCUCCGUACCAGGUGUGUAUAGGCGCCUUCCCCAACGUCGAUGCCAACAAGCACGGGCAGCCCCGCUCAUUCAGGAGCUUUGCUUUUACACUAUGUUGAAAACCCUUCGGGCGGCAGCAGCACGGGUAGGAUACACCUUGGAGGCAGUGAGACCAGAAAUUACCAGCAUCUUCAUGUUUAAUGACUUCAAAAAAUACUCUGAAGGCAGGUUAAUAGGAUUACUCCAGAUUUACACCUAGAGCAAGACCAGAGACUGGCCCUGAGUGUACUUUGCUAGGAAAGGGAAGCCCAGAGGCAGUAGUGCUUUUUCAGCUAGAUGUUAAUUGUGUUAAGGAGGAGUUCCUGGGGAAGAAGCCUGUUUGCACAGCCAGUGCCAGCACGGGCACGCAGAGGUGGCCAUGCACUGGGUUUGGGAACACUUUGCUGCCUGAAUUUGUAACAUCAACAGAUCCAAAAGCCGCAUGUGGGCAGGAGCCUCCUUCCCACAGAAGGAUGCACUGCAUUUUGCAGCAGUUGCAUAGGGAUGGUCACCAUCUUGCGGUCACUCCUUGGAGAAAACCAAGGUGUUGGUGACCUGAGCCCAUUUCCAUUCUUAGGACUGGUUUUAUGGGACAAAAGGAUAAAGGCAAGGCUUGUGCAGCUGCUGGGGAGAUGCAGUGCUUGUCUUGGCUUAGACACUUAGGUGCAAUGUGGACUGUCCUCAGGGGGGUAAAGGGGCUGCCAGCAAGGGAGAAGAGCCAUUCAGGGAGCUUCCCCAGGCCCAACUCUCCUUGGCCUUAGUGCUACACUAUUUCAGUGUUAUUUGAGAAAAUAAAAAAACCACACAAACAAAAACCAAAACCAAACAAUUAUAUAAAAUGCUGCUUUUACAUAAACUCUCAAUUUGCACUUUGCAGCCCCACAAACUGCGCCGGUACAAUUAGAAUCAGCUCGGACCCAGGCACUGUUGCCUCCCAGCCUGACCCUGCCCCAUCCCUUACCCCGCAAGUGGGUGCUGAUGGGGGUCCUGGAGAGCUGGUCCCUUGCCACAGUGCCAAAAAUACUGCUUUGCUCAUCAAAAUAGAGCAUGAUUCAUCAAAGGCUUUUUACACAGCUACAAAGGGAGGAAGCACGAGAAGGCAGAGCAGAGGGGUGGGGAAUGCUGAAAAUAUCGCAGUCAGAAGUCGAAGCCUUCAGAGAGCUGGGAGAGGUUCCCCACCAGCAGAAAAUGGGUCAGGACCAGCCAUGGACUUGCCCAACAUGCUGUCCUCAGGUUUUCACUUGUGUUCCCAUACACCACAAGUCCCUGAAUAGGGGAAAACUGAAGCCCCACAUUGAAUCUCUUCUGGGGAGAAGUUGGGCUCUGAGCCCACCUCUCCAGCUCUCCCAGUAGCCAUGUAUGUGACGGCUGCAAAAAUAGUAUUUUGACUAUCUAGGAGUGACCAGACCUGUAAACGAGGUGGGAGGAUACAGCUGGGAGCCAAAAGACUCAGAGGCUGAUGCUUAAAUUCACCCUGAGAACUACCAGUGUUGAAUGAUGCCCAAAGUAUUUGUUUGUUUUCCCCAUGGUGAAAAACUCUUCAUGGCAAGAUGCGAUGAACCCCCUGCCCAGCUGCUGAAAGGUGUCCCCAGGUCUCCUCCCUUCUCCUGACUGAUACAAAAUGGUCUCUGUCCCUUGGAUGUGACACCUCCUCCAUCUCUGCAUCUGGGCUGUGAGCUGUGGUGCUGAGUGGGAGGCUGGAAUGAAGGAGCAUCGUGGAUGUGGGGGAGAGCAAGGGUGGUUGGGGAAGGGUUUAGGAUGGAGUGUCCUGCCAUAUCCCUGGCUUGGGUCCCCCUUAGGGAAAGCUCCUCUUAUCUUCAGCAGUGCUGAUUGUUGGAGCAGGAAUUGCAAAUAAAAUCCUCGGAUUCAAGCCCAGAAUUCCUCAUCUUGGCAGUGCUGAUGCUGUUUAAGCUGCUCAGGUGCUCAUCCUGCUCCAGCAGCCUCUCCUAGUGUGAGGAAGACCCAGCAGUAUGGGAUGAGCUGUACGGAUCCAUCCCAAUUCCCACAUCAGCAUCCCAGGAGGCUGGUAGGGAGGCUUCUCACCUCCCAUUUCACCCAGUUCCCACCACAGGCAAGAAGCAGCAGAGCAAUAGGACACAUGGAAUAGCUUAUCUGCAAACCCCAAGGCAACAGAAUUGACCCAAGGAGGCAGGGAGACACGCUGUCCUAUGGGUACCCAGGGAAUUCCUGAUUCUUGGUGCCCAACAAGAGUUGUCAGUUCUGAGAUCAACCCUCUGAGAUGCAGAGAACUGGCUGAAAAAGCUUUUGGCCAAAGCCUGGUGUCUCCACAGAGGCAGAGAGCCCCUGCAGUGCCCACAAUGGGCUGUCCUUAGCCAGGCAGCUGAGGUUGGAGCUGGAGGAAGUUCAGAAGAAAGGCUUGCAAAAAUUUAGAGUAACAUUUGAGAGUCACCUCGUGGUAUUUAUUGUGGGGUGUUAUUAAUAUAGACGCAAUCACAAUACUGUUUGUAUGUGAAGAGAAAUUUGGUUUAUGUGGAUAAUUUAGAAACAGUAACAAUGCUUUGUUAGAGACUAGAGGUGGGCUCUUGGAGCUGCUGUUACCUGUUUGUGGUGGUCAAAGGGCUGCAGUUGACUGCAGGGACCCAGCUGGGGCUUGGACAGAGCUGGUGAGUCCCACCAGGACAUGAAGGAGCUGUAGGACAUGUAGAGCUGGUUUGUCCCUUGGGUCUGUGAAUGUCCCAGUUCUGCAAAGCUGAGCUGAUCCUGAUGGAAACUGGAGAGGAGCCCAGCAGCCCUAAAAGACUGGGUCCCUUCUUUUCAUGCACUAGUUGCUUUGUGUGUGUCAUGUGAAUCUACGAUAACCUUUGUAGGACUCCAUUGGCGUGUCAGGAUUGUCCUCACAGCCUCCCACUUCCCUGUCACCUCACAGCAGCUCUGCUUGGGAUUGGCAACAGUCACUCAACCCCUGCCACUAGCAGGGUCAAUGCUGUUGAAUGGCAAAGCGCCAGACAAUCACAGAACUCCAGCCUCGCUCUGUGCACCAGCCACAUCUGCAGAGCAGAUGCACAGCUGGGAGCAAGGCUCAUCCCUAUUUCCUCACACCUUUACAUUCUUAACACCAUCCUCUCCUCUUUGGACAUCCCAGCACAUCCUCACCAUUUACAGUCUGCUUAAGAAAAUUCCCAGCCCCUGGUAACACAAACCCAUUUCACAUGCUCAGCUCCAAAACAAGUCAGCAGGACCAUAACCUCCUGGUGUUGCCCAUUGGUUGAAGACAUCAUGAUACAGCUCUUCCAGGGAUCUGAACUGCCUUGGCUUCACUGAAGCUGUCUUGAUACCCCAAAUGGGGCUGAUCCACAGGUAGCCUCCCCCAGUGAGAUGUCUGCAUCAGAGCUCAUUGCUCAGGUCUCAUGUGUAAUCAGUGUGGGCUGCAGACACCCAUUUCUGGUCUGAUCAUGGUGCACCUUGUGCUUCCCAGCUCUCCUGACAACAUCACAAGGUGGGCAAGCACAUGGUGGCACCAAGAGCCCCAGUCUCUACCAUUCUUGCAAGGCCAGCUCUGCUGGUCAGCAUCCUUAGUGCCUUUGCUUGAUGGACUCAGCCAUGUUUGAGGAUGAACAUCUUACUUUAGGCACAUUCAUCUGUUUUUUGCCCAGACGAUUUCUGAAAUCCAACACAAGUGACACCAACUCCUUGGUUGGUCUGGGCUGAGUUAGUGCUGCUGGAAUUGGUUGAGCCAUAUUAAUUAGCACUGGCUGGCUGACCCAUAUGCUUUGUACUCAGUAUUUUGUACAUAUGUGCCUAUUUCCGUAUACUCUUCCAAAAGUAGGCCAUGGCGCGUUACACAACCUGAAAUGCUCAAAUCCCCACAUGGGCUGAUAUAAAAGUGAAUAUUUAAAUAUUUUAUCUAGCUUGGCAGCCAUUAAAAAUACAAUCCAGGUCACAGAUGAUUUAAUUUCUCCUUUCUCAAGCAUACCAGAAGUGGGCUGAGGAGAUUCUCUUGUACAUUAAGGCAUCCCAUUUCAUGUUAAAAUAUAGCAGCGGCAUUUCAUUGCCAACAGAUAAUCACAGAGUGCCAAACAUUUAAUGAGCCCAACUGAUCUCCUGAGAGUUUCUCUUACCAUUUUAUCUGCUUUCUCCUACUUGCCAAUUUAUGGGCAUAGAUUAAAAAUAAUAAAUGUGACUGCCAAUAGGAGGAAGUAUAUUCUACGUGCAUACAAAUUAAUUGGGUCAGAGGCAGUGGAAGAGUAAAUAAGCCAGUUUGGUUCUGCUUUGAUAAAUUAACAGAAGGCUGUAGUCCUUGGGGCCCAUCAGGAACCUCUUGGACAUCUCCGAUUUAUCUGAAAAGGAAUGGGCACAGGUUAUUGCCUGUGAAUACUACAUAGGUGUGAAGUCUGGUCUUGCUUAAGUUUCAUGAAGGUUGGUGGAAGUCUAGCAGUGUUCAUGUCCUGGCAUUGCACUCUCAGUGUCUCCUUUAUUUUGAGUGGACAUUGGAGCUGGCAGUUGACUCUGGUGGCUCUCAGAGGAUUGGUGUCCUGAAGGAAAAAGGAGUUGGGUAGUUUCUAACUUUCCACCCUGGGCAGUGACCUCAGGCACCUGAGCAUCACACCCUACAAGAGGUCCUGUUUUUGCAGCUACUUGAUCUCAGGUUUUACUCUAGUGAGAUUUUAAGGCUGAACACAGCUUCUCCAGAGAACUCUCUUCAUCUAAGGUCCCUCAGAUUUCCUCCCAGCAAUUUUUCCAUCUCUAUCUCCCUUUCAAGACACCAAACAGCCUGAGCAGCAGCUUUGCAGACUCCCCUGGGAACAGAGCCUGAAUUAACACCUCAGUUUUAAGGACAAAUUGAAGUUUCACUUGUGGGGAGGCAGGUUGUAGCACUGGAGGUGGUAUUUUGGAGGGUGCUUUCUGGAGGUACAUGGCUGGCAGGAGCACCAUGCCAGUAUCUUAGGGAUGGACCAUGGAGGGCUGUGAGAAGCAUUCCCCAUCAUGAGAUACUGUCAAGGAGAGCACAGGCUGUUCCUUCUACCAUGGUUUCUGUUUUUCCUGUAGUAGUGGUUGUUAUUUCAGGGUAAGUGUUAUUUAGGGGUAAGGUUUUCCCAACUGGCAUGUCACUUUACAGAUAAAAAAAAAGGGCGGGCAAGGACUUUGUCCUGAGGAGUUUACAGUUUACAGCAAAGACCAUAUAACCUGCACUGCACUUUAGAAGCCUCAAACGCUCACCCACCCAUGACUUGACCCCCAACUGGGCAGCAGCACGUUGAGGACUGUUGUCCCUUCCUUAGGUGACCCCACAACCAGCACCACAACCACAUCCCCCUGCUGAUGGCAGCGGUGGGGCUCUCCUGCCCCUCUCCACUAUCCCCGCACAAAAGUGCCUGAGCAAAGUACAGGAGCACCAAGACAUGCUGGUUUUGUCUCUGAACAGGUCGCCAUGCCCUCAGGAUGGUCCCCACAUGUCACUCAGGGCUCUGCUCCUCUGGGAUGUCCAUGCAUGUGAUAGGAAACAUGCCCGGGGCACCAUUGCAGCUACCUGCCAACACUUAGAGCUGUGCAUACAAUAUAUACAACACCCUACUAGCUCAUAGAAAGUGUCCUCCUUCAAGCAUCUAUACAUAAGCCUAGAUUUGGAAGUAUUUCAGUCUUGUUUUGAGAGUCAAAGGGUUUUUUUUGCUUUAGUGUGUGUGAAACUGAUCUUCUUUUAACAGACCCCAGGUUUUCUAGGAUUACUUUCUCAAGCUCUGCUUUCUCCAGGUGAGAACUGCAUCUGCAUUUUGCCGGGGGAGUGAAAGAAAUAACCACACUCUCAAACUUCGGUGAGGGGUUUGUCUCUUCUGUACUGUGCACACAGGCAGAGGAAGAGGAAGAGGGCAAAGUGUUCCUGAAGGAGAACACCAUCCUGGUGGUGUCACUAGGCUGAGGCAGAGCCUGCAGCAAGGGAUGGGCUUUUGCUGCAGGAAAUCCCCAGCUCAGACCUGGAUUGACCAUGGUGUCCCCUGAAGGUUAUGCUGAUGUGACAUUAUCGCUAUUAUCUGUCUUAUGUUUGUACAGGGCCCUGAGGUCACAAACAUCUCCAUAGAACUACACGAUGGUAGAUCACCAAUGCUUCACCCUCCCAUGGGCAUAUCUCCUAACAGACAUCUUCCCACAGAGCUGCACCCACAGACCCCUCUGUGGUCUUUUAGCAGGAACAGGCUUAAAUCUGCUGUUGGUCAUUGUGUUUGGGAGCUUGCGAGCCCAAGGGUACAUGAUAUGAGCCUUUCCCUGCACCCCUCUCCCAUGAUGGCAGUACCAGUGGACUGGGUUGGUCCCAGGGGGACUUUCAGCCCAAAGGUAGCUCUAGCACUUAGCUGUGCAGAAAGUGUUCAGAGUGCAGAGGGGAGGAAAAAAGACAGAAAGAAGAUAACCUGGCAUUUUAGGUUGGUUGUGCUCCCACCACUCCAUAUGGGAAAAGCCUCAGGUGGGCAAAAACCUCUGCAAAGCUACAAAGAACAGGGGGGGAAAUAAACCCAUUUUUCUGUGCAUGUGUUGGACUAGAGUAGAAAGCAUAGGCUUCAGUUGUGACAGAAAGGAGUAAAAUCAGAUCUCAGGGCAAGCUUUCUCAAGGUAAGGAUGAAGAAACCCUGAAAUGGAUCACAGGCACUCAACCAUGGGAGGUCUUGGAGAAGCAGGUAGGCAAAGACCAGAGAGGAGCUCAUGUUGGCCCAGUGGAUGGUGGAGGUGCCCACAGGUCAUCUCUACCAGCUCCGUAUGUUUGUAGUUCUGCCUCAUCCCCUCCUCCAGCAGCACCACUAUUUAUAGAGCUGUCCUGGCAGGUUACAAUCCCAAAACAUUACCCAUCAGCCAGGGCAGGAUGCUUGUGCUCUCCCUUAACUUUGUUGCCCCUUUUCUGAUUCUGGUGUUGACCCUUAAAUACAAUACAGAUAAAAUGUACUGCAGAAUAAACACCUGAGGAGGAAGGAUAUGAAGUAACCACAGAGAACCAGGACACACAGCUGUUACCACUGUAUUUCAAUAGUUAGAAGGCAACAGCUCCAGCAGCCUGCUCCUUCAGACCAUUCACAGUCCACAGACUGCAUUGUGUAAACCAUGGUGGCGCAUCAAGUCAAGCAAUUUUAGUUACCCUUUGAUUGGGGGUAGCUCAGUUCAGGAAUCUAAAAACAAACACAAAGCUGAAAACAAACGAAAAGUAACUUACAUGUGAUUUCCAAAAGGAAAAUCUGUUCUGUCUUCUUCCCCUGGACCUUGAGAGACAAUGAGACCCAGCAUUGCUUCCCAGCUAAGCACCAAAAAAUGGAGCAGUUAUCACCAUAACCGCUUUCAAAAAUCAGCUCUCUAAGAAACUGGUGCUUGGGAACAGAGCAAGCAGCACAUUAGCCCACAGGGCAACAAAGAGAAAAGGCUCCUGCUAUUGUAGGAAGUGCUUUUAUCCCUGAAGGUCCCACCCCAGCUCAAGUGUUUCAAAUCCCAUUGAUUUUCACCUGUUACCAGUGCUUGUGUAUGCCUGAUGCCUCAGCUGGGAACACUUACUCCAUAGAAAGUCACUUCUUGGUGUGAAAAAAAACCCAUAAAAAUCUUGCAUUAGAAAUGAAGAGGACUUUGAGCCUGAUGAUGUUACUGUGAUACACAUGGAGGACUUGCUGGUUUCCUGCUGGCAGUAGGAGCAUCUUUGGCGUGAUCUUGCCAGGUCUCUGAAAAUCAUACUGUUAUGAGCAUCAACAACCCCCCUCAUCACCACUACCACCACCACAGUUUUUUUUAAUACUGAGAUGUGUCAGAUCUACCUUUAAUUCUGGCCAGAUUUCCACAAAUGGGGCCUCUCCUUGUGGUGCCUUUCAUCUCAGAGCAGAUUAGGCAAAAGAAAGAAAAUCCCCACUAAAAAGAAAACUUUUUCUCCAAAAUGCAUUUUUAUGAGUGUUUUGGAGCUGAUGGCUCCUCAUUUCCUUCAUUCUGGGGCUACUUGACUUGCCUGGGGGAAUCUGAACCAGGAUAUCCCCUGUGUAAGUUUGGGUUAAUGCUGAAGCGUUGCUGGCGCUUUGUACCCCUCUGCUUUUGGCUGUGCUGUGUCCCUUGUGCCUUUUCUGGAGGUCCCCAUUGCGUGGCCGAGGAGCGCGGGGUUUUGCGGGGCUUCCCGGGGCGGGUGUGUUGGCCGAGCUGGGGAAGGGCAGAGCAUUUCCAAGUAUUUCUGAUGCUCAGCCUGUCCUCACCUGGGUGGAAAUGUGGACCUGCCCAGACCCUGAGGUAUCCGCUGGGAUUCCUUCUCCACGCAGGGGGUUUUACACCCCUGGCUGUGCACAAGUAGUUUUGGGAGCAGCUUUUACUCUGAUCUUGGCCAACCCAAGGGAAAACUUGCAUGGGGACAUGGAGGGCACGCAGGAGGAGACAAACCCUAUCACCACUUUGCUGUGGGACAUGCACAUGCUGGUGGGUUUGCUCCAGAGUGUGUGCACUGCUGCUACCAUGGGACAAGCAUUCAGGCUGGAGAGCCUUCCUCCUCCUCAUCCUCCUCCUCCUGCCGCAGCCCAGGACAUGAUUGCAGCAGGACAGGAGCCAGCUCGCUGCCGGGUUUCCAUGGCCAUCAGGGUGAGCAGGAGCAGCAGCACCCUGGGUGAGCCCAUGUGCUGCAGGAGUGUUAUUUUGACAGGCACUGAAGCCAGGGGAGGAUCAUCUCCUGUGCCCUGCAGCCACCAGCCUGCGGUUCCAGGCCAGCCCAGGCUGGGAGCACCUCAGAUACCCCAAAAAACCUUCUGCGCUACCCAAACACAGCAGCUACGAUGUAGGGAAAACCCCUGGGGCAACUGGUCCUCCUAAAAUACGGCAUCUGUGAGUGGCCGGCUCGAGCCGAGCACUUUGAAAGCAAUUUUCUCCCCUUCUAGCACUGGCCUUUCAUAGGGACAGCCUGGAGCUGGGGCUGAUCUUCACAGAGGUUGGCUCCAGCUCUGCAGGGUUGGCACGGCAGGGACAGGGAAGUGUGGUUUGCUUCCCAGCAUUGAUAGGGCCACCCUGAUGCUCCUGCAAAAGGCUCAUUUUUUAAUACCGGCAGAAGUAUUACCUGUAUUUCUUUCAACUUGCUGUUUGACAGAAUCAGCUGAUGGGAGACGGGCAUCUCUCCCAUGGGAGGGUCAUCCAUUACAGGCCAUAACUUGAUUUCCAUUAUUAUAUAGGUGACAUUGAAAAAGAGGGAGAUGUUCACUGUCCAAUGGGGUCUUUUAACCAUGUGCACUUAGUCAAUAGGUGAGUAGAUGUUGCUGCUUGUAUCUAUUUACCGUACCCAGUUGCUACAUGUGAACAAGUGUGUUUUUUCCCAGUGUUGUGGGUUCUGCCUGUCGUGACACGAUGACGGAAAGGUAGGGACUAUGUCCAUCGCAACACGAGCUUUCUUCUGUACAGUGUAGAGAGGAAACCUGGAACAAUCCGAAGCACCGCUUGUAACUACAUUUGUUCAAAAAAUGUCGUCUUCAUCCCAAACUGUUGACACUUUAUGCAUGUGAUAAUUUAAAAAAUAAUAAUAAUAAUAAAGAUUUUAAGAGGUUAAAG